AUGUAAUGUGUGAAAUGGUUUGAUACAGUAAUGUUUUACUAUGUGAUUUUAGUGUACUUCGUGAAUGUCACUUUUUGUCAUAUUCAAAUUUCCCGCCAUUCCGCCCCCCAUAUGUCCGGACGUCGCAGGGGACGGAACCCAGAAGACAGAUGCCGGCAUCCGCCGGAGGACAUUACAGGGGAGACUGGAGGAGGGACAUCGCGGGAGCACAGGACAAGGUAAGAGAAGAACAGAUCCCGGAGCAGCGCUGCAUGGAAGCCCGAGUGUAGCUCGGGGGGUUACCGCUUGUGCUACACUCGGGAAUACCGCCGGGAAGGUUAAG